UGGUUUUAUUUGCUCUGAGAUGGAAGUAUAUUUGCAGAAUAAACAAGUUCAGGGAUCCCCUUGUUAGUGUGCUUUAAAUGCUCAAUGUCAGCGGACCCCGAGCGCGACAGACUCCUCACGUUAUGCAGCUUUACGCGAGUUUGGAGUCGCUCUCCGUGAAUCAUGUCUUUGCACUCGCCCUGCUCGUGUGUUUGGCGAUAGUGGUUAAAUUAUUAGUUAUGAGGAGAAGAGGUAUGCGAACUAUGGAGCCUUUCCCAGGACCACCUGCACACUGGCUCAUCGGACACGUCAAGGAGUUUCACCAGGAUGGACAUGAUUUGGAAAAGGUUAUGAAGUGGAGUGGACAGUAUCCCUUUGCCUUUCCGCUGUGGUUUGGCCCGUCUCUGUCCAUUCUGAACAUCCACCACCCAUCAUAUGUGAAGACCAUUCUCACCACGACAGAACCCAAAGAUGAUUAUGCAUACAAGUUUUUCAUCCCUUGGUUAGGCGAUGGCUUGCUUGUGUCUACUGGACAGAAGUGGUUCCGGCACAGACGGCUUCUCACUCCUGGUUUCCAUUAUGAUGUUCUGAAGCCUUAUGUGAAACUUGUUUCUGAUUCAACCAAAGUCAUGCUUGAUAAGUGGGAAGUUUAUGCCAAACCAGGAGAGUCGUUUGAACUGUUUAAGCAUGUGAGUCUGAUGACGCUGGACAGCAUCAUGAAAUGUGCGUUCAGCUGUAACAGUAACUGUCAGACAGACAGUGGAACCAACCCGUACAUCCAGGCGGUGUAUGACCUCUGCCACCUGGUGAACCUCAGGUUCAGAGUGUUUCCAUACCACAGCGAGGCCAUAUUUCAUCUCAGUCCACAUGGAUACAAAUUCAGGAAGGCGGCCAGAAUAGCACACAAUCAUACAGCGGAAGUUAUCAGAAAGAGGAAAGAAGUCUUGAAGAUUGAGAAGGAACAGGGCAUUGUUAAAAACAAACGAUAUUUGGACUUUUUGGAUAUUCUUCUGUCUGCCCGAGACGAGCAUCAGCAGGGUUUGUCGGAUGAAGAUAUCAGGGCUGAAGUGGACACAUUCAUGUUUGAAGGCCAUGACACCACAGCCAGUGGAAUAUCUUGGAUCUUCUACAAUCUGGCUUGUAACCCUGAGCACCAGGAGAAGUGCAGAGAGGAGAUCCUGCAGGUUCUGGAUGGAAAAGACACAGUGGACUGGGAAGACCUCAAUAAAAUUCCUUAUACCACAAUGUGCAUUAAAGAAUCCCUGCGGCUGUGCCCUCCUGUCCCGGGAAUAUCACGAAAGUUGACUAAACCCUUGACUUUCUUUGAUGGACGGACUGUACCUGAAGGUUGUACCAUUGGAGUUAGCAUUUAUGGGAUCCACAUGAAUGCCUCAGUGUGGGAGAAUCCAUAUGUAUUUGAUCCGUUGAGGUUUCUGCCGGAGAACGUUGCUAAGAGGUCGCCGCAUGCUUUUGUGCCCUUCUCUGCUGGACCCAGAAACUGCAUCGGCCAGAACUUUGCCAUGAAUGAGAUGAAAGUUGCAGUGGCGCUAACACUGAAGAAAUACCGGCUGAUUAAAGACCCCCAGCACAUCCCAAAGAUGAUCCCUCAAGUCGUGCUCAGAUCACUCAAUGGAAUUCACAUCAAGAUCAAACCAGUAGAAAAUGAUUCAUGAUCAGCUAGAGGGUACAUUGAGCCCGUUUGACAUGCUAGGAGCCGUGUUUGCCUUAAUUUAAAUAUUUAAUACACAUUUAACACCUGGAAACUGGAUGGUUAGUAAAUACCACACACACUAAAGUGGCCCAACUGUGUAAUGAAUUCAGUUCUAAGCCCCGAUCAUACCAUCAGUGUGAACACAUUCUGUCACUGGUCGCUUUUACUCAUGGCACCAGAAGUCACCAGCUCUCAUUAAUUAUUCACUGGCAGUGUAAACGGGGCUUGAUUGUCUGUUAUACUGUAUUUACAACACAGCAGUUAAACAAUCUAAGGAAAAACAUCCAAGCAGUAUGAAUUAAUUCGAUGUACUGAAUGAAUCGUUUGCCUCAGCUACAUUAAUUACUACAUGAAUUCUAAAACUAGACAUCUCUAAUAUGGAAUAAAUACAGAUGAAAUCUUGUGAUCUGUAACCAGAGGCGCACAGUAGUGAAGUAUUUUUACUUUACUCAAGUAAAUUUAAAAAGUAUCUGUAAGUGUUUUUCUUCAGAAAGCUUUUACUUCACUACAUUCCAAAGCAUAAUGUCUUGCUAUUUUACUGCACUACAUUUCAUAAAUAAAAGUUUACAUUACAAAUGUAGUACUUUCUUGAACUCAAGUAAAUCUUUGAAUUACUUUUACUUGAGUAAAAGUAGGAAAGUAAUAGAUUUCUAAUGUAAUUAAGUAUUAAAUGAUAUUUAAUAUGAAACGUAGCGCUGUAAAAAGUACAAUAUUAUGCUUUGGAAUGUUGUGAAGUAAAGUUUUAUAAAUAAAAACACUGAUAAAGCACUGACACUUGAAAAGUACUUUUACAGCAGAGUAAAAAAAAUACUUCACUACUGUCCGCCUCUGUCUGUAACUAGUGCAAAAAAGAUUAAAAAAAUUAUGUUUAUUAGCUUUUUUUUUUUUUAAGUGCAUUGCCUUUUUAUGUAUAAUGAAAUGUAAACUAUUUUAGUGGUUUUUGUUAAUAGUUUACUCUCAUCAGCACUGAUCCUUAGCAGAAUAGUUUGUCUAAAAAUAAAAGUGCGCUCAUUUACUCA